CUUUUCUCUCCCUCUCUUCUCAAAUUCUCACUAUUUUCUUCCUUCGUCCCUAAGAAACCUCCGAUCGCCGGAGCCGCCUCCACCUCCGAUGGACCACAAACCGUUUCGACACGACGUUGUUUCGCAUCAAUCCACGACCGAUUCCAUGAAGCGAAGCAACUCCGAGCUGGACUUUCAGGAGUUCGUCCGGCUCCCGAUCUCUCCUGUUUCGGCCAACAACGGAGCUCCGACCUCCAAGCCCGAAAUUCGGUCUCCGAAAGCCAGGACUUUCCCCGAACCGGUUGUGCUUUUCGGCGUCGACGAGGACAAAACCUUUGAGGAUGUUUGCGCCGGCGAUUUCAGCUUCGCUCUCAAGUAUGGGGACGCAAUGACUGGCUUUUCAGGUUGUGGGGGACUCACGGAUCUUCCCUGGUAUCAAAACCCCACCCCCAGGAAUUCCAGUGUGACAGCUACCAUUGAUUCCCAGUCCUCCAUCUGUGUUGGAACUCCAACUUCAUGUAAUAAGGCUUUGGGCACAGACAAUCAAGCAAGGGGGGCGACCAGUGGUUCUUCCAGGGAGCUAUCAGAUGAUGAAGAGAUCGACACAGAGUCUGGUCCAUGUGAGGAGAGCACAGAUCCUAAUAAUUUGAAGCGCAUGAGAAGGAUGGUUUCGAACCGGGAAUCUGCCAGGAGAUCAAGAAAAAGAAAGCAAGCCCACUUGGCUGAUCUUGAGUUGCAGGUUGAACAACUGAGAGGAGAAAAUGCAUCUCUAUACAAGCAGCUAACUGACGCUAGUCAACAGUUCGGUGAUGCCAAUACAAAUAACAGAGUACUUAAAUCGGAUGUUGAAGCUCUGAGAGCUAAGGUGGAGUUAGUUGAAGGCAUGGUUGCUCGAGGCUCCGUCACCAGUAGCCUGAACCAUAUCCUUCAAACUCAUUUGAGCUCACCCCAACUCCUCAGUACUCAUAAUCUCUGCCGGGUGGCUAAUGUCUCACCAACAAUCACUGUCCGUGGAGACGACGCCUCAUAUCCUGGAAUGACAAUUUCUGGGCAUAAUUCAGCCGCUCUUGGACUUGAAAAUGCUGAAAUCCGCAAUAGCGAAAUCAAGAACAGAGUUAUGAGUGAUGGUGUGAGCUGUGCUUCAGAGAUUUGGCCUUGAAAAUCUCCUCCUUUCUUCACUGCAUCCAUGACUACAGCCCAUGUCUGAAUGCCCUGGAGCAAUUCCUUUAGCUAUUAAGCCUAUUAUUAUGUAAGAAGGUGUUUCUUUUUUUCUUUUUCUUUUUUUAAUCCUGUGUUUUAAACUAAGAAUAUUUGGUGGGGUACAGAAACUUGGUUGCUUUAGUAAA